AUGCGUAUCUUACUUGACCAACUUAGACUGGGACUAGCUCACGCCUACGAAAUCACUGUCAAGAAAAUUCACAAAAAUGACGUGGCGUUCUUCGCAGAGAAACCAGCGUGCGCUCGAACGGACUUAGUUUUCCCAAAGGGAUUUGGCGUUUGCUUUAGUUGGAAUCCCGGCAGUGUGGGACAGAAGGGAAACCCACGUAUAACACCACCCCUGCACCAUUUUGCGAUGCACUGUGAGUCCAAAUCCCGCUGCGCGGGUGAACGACAGCCACUGACCGACAAGAACAAAACCCACCCGGGAAACUUCGGCAAAAGCCUCGAUCCUGUGUAUCAGUCCGUGAAUCCGUGA